UCUUCUUCCUUUUUCUUUCUCUCUUUUUGUUUCUUCUCCAUUCUUUCUCAAUUCUUCACCAAAUCCAUCUCUUAGAACCCUAAACCCAAACUCACGGCAACAAGGACGGUAGGUCGGCAACGAGGACGGCGACGAGCACGACAACGAGUACGGCUUCCAUCUUUCUCCUCUCAUUUCUUCCCCAAACCCAUCUCUUAGAACCCUAACCCUAAACUCACGGCAACAAGGACGGUAAAUCAGCAACAAGAACGGCGACGAGUACGACUUCCAGGGAAUUGAACUCAUCGCACUUCAAAAAUUUGGAAACUUUUGACCCACACAGUAAUCGAAUCUCCCCAACUCCGCCCACCAAUCCCCUAUCUUGCGCCAAAUUAUCACGAACAAUUCCCAGGUUUGUUGGGAAGUUUCAGGGCUGAUAUCCCGGAGAAGAGAGGAUAUGCAGACGUUGGGUGAAUUCAAGCUGCCCCAUUUCUUUAAUUACCCUCCCUAUUUCACUUUGCAGCCAGUAAGAGAUACUAGGGAAAAGCAGAUACAACUCUGGAAGGAGCUGAUACUUGAUUACUGUCGGACUCAAAAGAUCUUUGUAGUUGGGCUUGAUGAAGACUUCCCAUUGUUUAGCAAUCCAGUGAUUGAAAGAUCUCUAAGUCAUGAAGCUAGGGAGGCAUUUCUCUCGGCCUUAGUUGCGGAAGGACGUGCAGAAUGGUUGGAUAAAAGUCAUAAAAAGAUCCUAAUCCUUUGGCAUAGCAUAAAAGAUUGGGCUGACUUGAUAAUAAGCUUUGUUAAGGAUAAUGGACUUGAGGAUGGUGUUAUGACGGUUGAGGAAAUACGUUCGGGGGUCGAGUCUCGAGGGACAGCUGGUCAGAUGAAUCAAUCAAUGUUUGAAGUGAUAACGCGUGGAAUAUUACCACACCACUUAGCUUCACGGAAUGGACCGUACUAUUCUAAUGCGAGCCCUCAAACACCUGGAACACAGAGGGAAGCUUGCACUCUUCAAAGGAACUUCAGCUGACGAUGAAGGCGUAAAAUUUUCCAUAUAGAUUAUGUAGUUUCUUCAUCAAAGAUCCAGCUUUAAAACAUAUCUGUAGCAACUUCUUUUUACGUGUGUGGACAUCCAUAUCUAUGUGAAUUCCAAAGAUUUGGUCUGUAUACAACAGUUGUCUCAUGUUCACAACUAUCCUAUUGUAAUUUCGUCUCUAGUAUUAUUAAAUUGUUGAUG